GUGCUGAGCGAGCACUGCCCUGUCAAGAGAUAUUUCAGGUGUUUUAGAAGGACAGGAUUUACAGGAAAGGGUCACAAACCAAAUUACCAAGACACACACACCUGAGUGAGAGUGUUCCAAUGCACUGACGGUGCAAAGAACAUGAACCAGUUACACAGCCUGGAGAAACAUCACAACAUUCACAGCGGGGAGAAACUGGACACAUGUUCUGAGUGUAAGUGAGUCUUCAACUGAUCAUCCAACCUGGAGAGACACUCGGACACCUCCAUCAUGGAGAAACCGUGGAAAUGUGGGGACUGUGGAAAGGGAUUCACUUGCCCAUCCCAGCUGGAAGCUCAUCGACGGACUCACACUGGGAGAGACCGUACACCUGUUCCGUGUGUGGGAAAGGAUUCACUCUGAUGUCCAGCCUUCAGUUACACCAGCGAGUUCACACUGACGAGAGGCCUUUUAAAUGCUCUGACUGUGGGAAAGGUUUUAAAAUCUCACCUGAUCUAAUUAAACACCAGCUUGUUCACACUGACGAGAGACCAUUCAGUUAUCCUCAAUGUGAGAAGAGAUUCAGACAGUCGCCUCACCUCAUUCAACACCAGCGAGCUCACACUGGGGAGAGGCCAUACACCUGCUCCGUGUGUGGGAAGGGAUUCAUUUCAUCAUCCAACCUGGUGACACAUCAACGGGUUCACACAGGGGAGAAGAUAUUCACCUGCUCUGUGUGUAGGAAGGGGUUUUCUCAGUCAUCGAACCUGCUGAGACACCAGCAAGUUCACACUGGGGAGAGGCCGUUCACCUGCUCUGUGUGUGGGAAGAGAUUUGCUCGAUCAUCUCACUUGCUGACACACCAGCGAUUGUCCAACCUGGAGAGAAGCAAUGACACCCACACCAUGGAGAAACCAUGGAAAUGUGGGGACUGUGGGAAGGGAUUCAAUUAUCCGUACCAGCUGGAAAUCCAUCGACGCAGUCACACCGGGGAGAGGCCGUUCACCUGCUCCAUCUGUGGGAAGGGAUUCGCAGAGACAUCCAAGCUCCAUAUCCACAUGCGAGUUCACACCGGGGAGAGGCCAUUCCCCUGCUCGGUGUGUGGGAAGGAAUUCGCACAGUUAUCUAGUCUGCUGACACACCAACGUGUUCACACUGAUAAGAGACCUUUCAAAUGUUCGGAAUGUGAGAAGAGUUUCAAAAGCAGAAGUGAGGUGGUCACACACCAGCGCACACACACCGGGGAGAGGCCGUUCACCUGCUCCGAGUGUGGGAAGGGAUUCACACAGUCAUCCACCCUGCGGAAACACCAGAGAACUCACACCGGGGAGAGGCCGUUCACCUGCUCAGUGUGUGGGAAGGGAUUCGCUCAGUCAUCCAGUCUGGUGGAGCACCAAAGAGUUCACACUGGGGAGAGACCGUUCAUCUGCUCCGUGUGUGGGAAGGGAUUCACCCAUUCUUUCAACUUGCUGAGACACCAGCGAGUUCACACUGGGGAGAGACCGUUCACCUGCUCUGUGUGCGGGAAAGAGUUCACUCGUUCAUCCAACUUUGUGACUCACCAGCGAAUUCACAAGUGACUUCAGGUGCUGGUUUCUGCUGUUAUUGCUGUUGUUAAUCAUCCAAACUGAACUGCGUUUGUUCAGACCAUUGGAGUUUAUUUUUCUGAUGUUCGUAGCCCAAUAACUGAGCCGGUGUUUAAUAUUCAGGAUAAAUGUCAAAUGAAUUUGAUUUGUUUUAAA